CUUGAAAGAUGAUAUGAGAUUAGGCUGACAGCCAUGUUGCAAAAACACAUUUAUUGUUGCUUGUUUCAUCUCAUCCCAAGACGCAAUUCAAUUCCCAUGCCAUGACUUCCUCUUUACCUCUCCCUUCAAACCCUCCUCUCACUCCUCUCAACCACAGACCCCGCACUCGCCUUCCUUUCACUCUCAAUCUCACUCCAACCCCCAAAUUCCACAUCUCUGCCUCUUCUUCAUCUUCCAAUUGGGAGAGAGAAGAGGCUCGGUGGCUCCGAGAAGAGCAACGCUGGCUCCGAGAAGAGCAGCGAUGGUUGCGAGAAGAGUCUCGCUGGACCACCGAACGCCAAUCCCUGCUCCGAGAGAUUUCCGAGCUCAAAUUCCGGAUCCAGCAACUGGAGCACCAGAGUUCGGUGUCCGCAUCCAUUCCCGACAUCGCUGCGCUGUUGCAGCUGCCCAAAGAUUCCGCGGAAGUGGCUAGGAUCGCGGAGAGCGGGUCGAGUGCGCUUCCUAUGGUUUUGGAGUCGAAGGAGGUGAAGGAGGAGAAAGUUGGAGACCAGAAAAAGAGGAAGACGUUGAGGGUAGGUUCUGAAGGAGAAGAGGUUCGGGCAAUGCAGGAAGCACUUCAAAAUUUGGGAUUUUAUUCUGGUGAGGAAGAUGUGGAAUUUUCCAGCUUCUCAAGUGGGACUGAGAGAGCUGUAAAAACUUGGCAGGCCUCAUUAGGUGCUCCUGAGAAUGGCAUUAUGACUGCAGAACUCUUAGAAAGAUUAUUUAUGGAGCAACAUAUUGAAGCUGCUGGCUUGAAAAGAAACAUAGACCCAAAAGAAAAUGAUGCAUCUCCACCAAAGGAGGGUGUAAAUGGCGCUCUAGUUGCUUCUGUAACAGAAAUAUCAGAAAUUCAGCAAAAAGUUCUAAAGGAAGAAGGAUUCACAGAAGUUGAGGUAUCUCAACAGCGCGUUUUUCUUCUUGGAGAGAACCGGUGGGAAGAACCCUCUAGGCUUGUUGGCAGGGACAAAAAGGGUGGUGGAAACAAGCCCAAGGAUGCUACAACAAAGUGUCUGACUUGUCGUGGGGAGGGCCGAUUAAUGUGCACAGAAUGUGAUGGAACAGGUGAGCCAAACAUCGAACCACAGGUAAGGGAAUGCUUGAGAUCCUUGACAAAUUUUGCUUUAGUAAUUGUUCUCCUGGUAUUAUUUAUGAUUAUGAUCCCAUACCUAAGUUUUGUGGUGCAGUUUCUGGACUGGGUAGAUGAAGGGGUCAAGUGUCCAUACUGUGAAGGCCUUGGACAUACAAUAUGUGAUGCAUGUGAAGGAAAAACCACGAUAUAGGUGUAAUGUGCAGUUACUCAUACCUAGAUGUCUGUAUUAUAUAGUCAUUGAUUAUUUUACAGUCAUAGACAGAGCUAUGCAUAGGUAUGGUAAAAGAAAUGAGAUACAUAACAAUUUUACAACAGAAUGGUCGUGGGCAUGUCGCCAAAAUGUUCAUUUCUGAUAUGUGAAGCCACGGUCUAUUAAAGUCUUUCCACCA